AUGGGGGAAGACCGCCUCCUCUCACUGUGUGGCGGCUGUGCCCCUCUCGCAGCCGAAAGUAAGCAUUUAGGUCUUCAGUUUGCGUCUGUGGGCCCCUGGAAGUUCCGCGUGGUCACCCUUGACUCCCAGGGGCCCCUGCGGCUGCUGGGCGACACACCGGAAUCUGCCACUCCCCUUGACGGGGCCCCCAUAGAGGGCCCCCCUCCAGAGGCCCCUCCAGCCUCCAAAGGCCCCUCCAUUUCCCCUUCAAAGAAGGCCAUUUCGGCCUUUUUCGUCCAUGGCCUCUGCGGCCGCGCCGGCCAGUUUCAGCACCAGCUGCAUUACCUGGCGCAGCGCGGCGUGCGCUGCAUCGCCCCUGACCUGCCAGGCCACGGACUGAGCACAUUUCCCAAGGGGGUCCCGGGGGCCCCCGGGGCCCCGGGGGCCCCCGGGGCCCCCCGGGCCUGGGGGCCCCUGGGGGCCCCCCCUGCAGUGUGCCCGCUCGAGGACACCCAGGCCAUUAUCAAAGCCGCCUUUGACUCCCUCGCGGGCACCCGCAGCAACGAAGAAAAGCCCCAGGGGCCCCCGGGGCCCCAGGGGCCCCAGGGGCCCCCGGGGCCCCAGGGGCCCCAGGGGCCCCAGGGGCCCCCGGGGCCCCAGGGGGCCCCCGGGGGGGCUGUGCUGGUUGGGCAUUCUUCGGGGUGUGAGCUGGUGCUUGAGCUGUACAGACAGCUGGUGGCCGAGGGCCGGGGCGGAGAAGUGAAGGGCAUUUGCUUGAUUGGAGGAGACGCGCGGGAAGGAGUGAAGGUGGACUUGGGGUUUAGUUGGCUGCUGCUGCAGCUGCCGCGGCUGCUGCUGCUGCUGCUGCGCUGGCUGCUGAGCCUGCCCGCGCAGCGGCUCCUCUACGGCAGAGAAACUCGAAAAGAAAACCCCCAAUUAAUUCAACACGAAAAACUCAUCAAUGCAGAAAACCCUCUCAACUCCAUUCUGCCAAUUCUCAACUGGUUCAAAAGAGGGGAGCGCCGCAAGGAGUUCCUCAAGGCUGCAGCAGCUUACCGCGACAGCUCCUUCCGGCCCCCCGUGCUGCUGCUCUACGGCGAAGAGGACUCCGUCUGUGCUGCUUACCCUGCUGCUGCUGCUGUUUCCAGGGCUUUGGGUGCAGCACCAGUCAGCAGCACUCCGUUGCCUGGCCCCAGCUACCUGCGGCUUCCGUACACGGCCUGCGCUGUUGAGACGCCCGGCGGCGCCAGCAGCAGCAACACGGCCUGCAGCAGCAGCAGCAGCAGCAGCAGCUUGCAUGCAAGCCCCGAGCUGUGGGGCAAAGAGGGCGCACUCACGGUGGCCGUCGUGGGCCGCGCCGGCCACAGCGUUAUGCUGGAGCAGCCGCUGGAGGUGAAUCGGAUUCUUUGGGACUUUGUGCGGCAGCAGCUGAACGAAGACCCAAAAGCCAAAUAA